AUGAAUAUGCAAUUUCUUUACGAAGGUGGACAAGGACAUAUUGUUGAUGAGAACGGAGUUGUGCUCGAGCUAUUUGCUAUCAAAACAAUAAGUUCUCGUAUUCAGUUCCUAAGGAACAAACCUCCAGAAAGACCAUCUAAGCAUGUAACUCUUCCAGAUCCUGAUGAAAGGAACAAUGAUGUCGAUAUGGAGCUAUGCAAUAAAAGAUACUGUACAGUUUACGCUGAUGAAGACAACACUAGAUUUUUUCAUUUAUUUUUACGAUGGGUCAAACGCUACUACGAAGAUCCUGAAAGCAUUUUCAAGAAGAAGAAAAAGUCAGGUCGUCAUCGUAUUCUUAGGGAAGAACAUAAGCAAUUCCUUUUGAAUUACAUCGACGAAAAUCCUUCCACUGUUGUAGCUGAUGUAGUAGAAAAGUUUGAAGCAAAACUUUGCGGACUUAAUGUUUCUCGUAGUUAAUGCUUAUAACUUCACAACAACGCAGUGUAAUCUAACAAUUAAGCAGGCACAGUUCCAACCUAUGGAAAGAAGUAGCGAAGAAAAAAUGCAACAAAGGUACGAUUGGGUACAAAAGUGGCAGCAAACUGACUUGGAUUCCACAACAAACUGCGUUUUUCUUGAUGGUGAAUCAGCCUUUCACAUCAAUUUGAAAUGAGGGAUGGCUUGGUGGAAAG